GGCGUGUCAGAUUCCAAGAGAGGAGAGAGAAGAGAGAGAGGGAUAGAGGGGCGCUGUGUUACAUUGCAAAGCCUUUGCAAAGAUGGGGGACGACAAACCUUUUGUGUGCAGUGCUCCUGGCUGUGGGCAGAGGUUUACUAAUGAGGACCACCUGGCUGUCCACAAACACAAACAUGAAAUGACGCUGAAGUUCGGACCCGCCAGAACGGACUCAGUCAUCAUUGCAGACCAGACGCCGACUCCCACUCGUUUCCUGAAAAACUGUGAAGAGGUGGGCCUGUUCAAUGAGCUGGCCAGCUCCUUCGAGCAAGAGUUCCCCAAGGCCCAGGAAGAUGAAGACAAGAGGGCCAAAAACCCGGCACGUGAUUAUGACGUAGCGCCUGUUGUUGGUGUCCCGAGGGAAAAUCCUCCUGCCUACACCGGAAAACAGUUCAUCAAACUGGGCUCGGCUCAGUCAGAAACACUGCUGAAAGCCUCCAUCAUCCAGUUGCCCGCUCCGAAUUCAGGAGCCAUAGACAUGAGUUUGCAGACACCUUCAGACGUGAAGGUAAAGGAGGAGGACCCUGUGGAGGUGGACUCCACUCCGCCUACAAGUCCUGAUUCCAUCUCUAGCAUGUCAGACAGCAGCAAAGAGCCCGUAGGCAGAGGAAAGGAUUCUCCUCCAAGGCAUGCCUUUAGUUCAGCUCCAACCCCAGCCAUAGUGCGUCCUGGAUCCCUCCCUCUGCACCUGGGUUAUGACGGCCUGCAUCCCACCAUGCCUUCUCCGACCUCCGUCAUCACACACACCCCACCAUCCAACCGCACACUGGGAUCUCCAACGGUGCCAUACCCAAUGAUGAUGCUUCCCAAUGGUCAAACGGUUCCUGUGCUUCCUGGUCCUAUGCAGAUGCCCUCUGUAAUAUCAUUGGCAAGGCCCUUGUGUAUGGUGCCCAACAUUCCAGGCAUCCCCGGGCCCCCACUAGGGGGCAGCAGCAGCGGCUCGUCUUCACCCUCCGGUUACAACCCACACGCUGAGGCAAAGAUGAGGUUGAAAGCAGCAUUAUCUCAGCAGACUCAGGGUUGUCUUGGUGUGGCGAUGGGCUCUAGUGCGAUGGUGCCUCAGAGGGUGGAGCAAAGCCAGCUGCUGGUUCAGCAUCCAGACGCUCCAUCACCUGCUCAGCCACAGGUGUCUCCCGCUCAGCCCACCGGGGGUCGCAGGCGGAGGACGGCUGACGAUGACCCCGAUGAGAGGAGGCAGCGCUUUCUGGAGCGCAACCGGGCAGCAGCUUCACGUUGCAGACAGAAACGCAAGAUAUGGGUGAACUCUCUGGAGAAAAAAGCUGAGGAGCUCACCUCCAUGAACGUCUCGCUCUCGAACGAGGUGUCUCACCUACGAAACGAAGUUGCUCAUCUGAAGCAGUUGCUGUUAGCCCAUAAGGACUGUCCUGUCACCAACCUCCAGAAGAAAGCUGCCUAUUUAGGAGACGAGCACAUGAAAGACACAUCCGAACCUACGGGCUCCCCAGCGCCGGUCAUCCAGCACAGCUCUCUGGCCCCCAGCCCCUCGUCUGUAGUGGGACCCAACGGCCUGAGCUCUCGUGCCGCGGCUGAAGCGGUGGCCAUGUCGGUGCUGGCAGGAAUGGGCAGCCAGCAGGGUGGCAGCGGCGGCCCGUCACACGUCAUCAUGGCCACACAAUCUCACCCAUCCAGCAGAUGAUGAGAGCCUGUCUGAGACUCUCCACAUCCUGGGAGAGAGGAGAACACACUCCCUCUUGCGCCUAGAGCUCAGCUGCAUUCUGGGAAUGAAACUGGGACUACGUACACACACAUACACACACAAACAAACAAAGAUGGAAGGAGAUAGUCGUUCACUAUGCCAUAGACUACGGGGGCUGGACUCCAAUCCUGCUCUCUUUCGCAUCCUCUGCUCCUUCCUUCAACUUCCUCCUGCUCCUCCACUGGCUGUAGGACUGCAAAGCACUUCCUGUCAUUAAACCUAUCCCCAUAGACAGAUGCACAUACACACGCUGCAAUAAAGACGUGCGCUCGGCGUAUGUGAAAUUCACACACAUCCAGGGCGCGUCUCAAAGUUGUGAUGAUGCAAUACUUUAUAUAUUCUUAUAUAUAUGUAUUAGUAUGUGUGUGUGAGUGUGUUUGAGAGAAACAUUGUUGCUUUAACGUUCUUACCUUGCUAUUUUGGAGCAGGUUUUUUAGUUUUCAGGUGGCCAUGUCCCUGAUCUGACCCUCACUCAUCUUACCUCAUUUUUAACCAGUUCUAUGCGUUUAUUAUCAGCGUGUGCUUCUCGUGUGGAUGAAUGGAAAAAUAGCAGUUUGUGAAGGACUGAUACACUAAGGCUGCCUUGUUAGCAUGCAAACGUUUUGCUAUAUAUAAACUGUGUUGUACUGGCACAUUGCGUUCGGUUUGCGCUAUGGAACCUCAUUGUUGUUGUUUGUUUUGUCCUGUUAUUCUUUUAUUGUGUACGACAAACUCAGAAGCCCCAUAUAGGAGACCGUUUUCUGUUUUCUAGUCAGGACCCUUCCAAACAGGACCCUUUAGGGUGACACGGUGGCUCAGUGGUUAGCACUGUCGCCUCACAACAAGAAGGUCGCUGGUUUGAGUCCCGGCUGGGCCAGUUGGCAUUUCUGUGUGGAGUCUGCAUGUUCUCCUCGUUUUCACGUGGGUUUCCUCAGCAUGCUCCUGUUUCCCCAACAGUCCAGUGACAUGUGCUGUAGGUGAACUGAAUUAACUAAAUUAACUGUAGUGUAUGUGUGAAUGAGUCUAUGGAUGUUUCCCUGUACUGGGUUGUAGCUGGAAGGGCAUCCGCUGUGUAAAACAUAUGCUGAAAUAGUUGGCGGUUCAUUCCGCUGUGGUGACCCCUGAAGAAUGAAAGGAAAAUGGAUGAAUGAAUUAAUUUUGACUGUCUCAAUAAUCACCUUUGACAAAAAGUCAAAUUAAUACAAUAUGAAAUCAAUAUUAUGAUUAAUAUUUAUUUAUGAAGUCAUUUAUGAAACAAAAAGAUGAAUUCCGUGUCUGUACUCAUAAUUACAACUUGUCUGAUAAAAAAAAUUGCAUAAUUUUAUCAAAUUUUGAUGAAAAUGUAUGUCUCGGGUUACUUCAGGUUUGUUAUGAGUAAGUAGAAUUAACCUUAAGUAACCUGAGACAUAAAGCUAUUCAAAACAAUGAAAUAAAAAUGAAAGGAUUUGAUAAAAAAUAAAUAAAUAUGAAAGGAUGUGAUAAAAAAAUAAAUAAAUACAUAAUUAUAACAAAAACAACUUAAAUUUAAUGAUAAAAUCAGCUAAUUAAAUUCGUAUAACCUUUCAUUUAGGUUUUACUCUCAUAACUAUUUUUAAACAGCUUUUGUGUUCAUAAUUUCAGCUCAAAUCAUCAAUUUGCCUUUUUAAUCUUAAUGUUAUCAUUCACAUGAUUGAAUCUUCUCAUUUGACAUAAAUUACAUUUAUCAUUUCCCGCUCUGUUUCUGCUCGAAAUCCAGUUCUAUAGUGCCUCUCUACCCUCUCAUUCACAAUUUCAUGACUGUUGAAAUUGAUAUCAUAUUAGCUUUUACGCCUGGCGUUUUUCGCGUUGGUGUGCACGAUCACAUCGGCGACGUUUAUUUAGUCACGGGGCGAUAAACGUCGACGGAAAACCCGAGCAAAAACCGUCCCGGUGUGCACGGGCCUUAACACUAGUUGUUUCUCUGCUCCACUUGUAAACACACAAACCUUGAUUAGAAAAACAAGUACAAGAGACAAAGAAUCUGCCUUACAAAUCACACGAGUGCCUCUUUAUAGGGUUAACCUCACUCCAUGACUGCUCAGCUCACCACAGCCAUCAGCCAUAGAUUUUAAAUCAUAUACCAUGGUAAUGAAUGAAAAAAAUCCUUUAUUAGUAGAGAGCGCUGCCCUUAAUUUGAACCAUAUUCUACACUGCCACCUGGAGGUAAAAGAGUGCUAUUACAGGCUGCAGGGAACAAAGAGUGUCCACUUCUACUAUGUUAAUGGUUUUACCUAUACUAAAACGAUUAUUCAAACACAAAUUCAGACACUUUGAUAAAUGAGGCAGCAUAUUAACAAGGGACUAUGAUGUACUGUCGUCGCUCAAUGUGUGUAACUUGAAUUUUCUUGCAUUUUUUCUGUCAUUAUUUGCGGUGCGUAAUGCAUUAACACACGAUAUCAGUCCGAAAUGUAUAUAGGCCUGUGGGAAUGCACUAAAAUCAUGCUGGGUUCAUUUUUUUCUGUUUUAAACUAAACUUAUCGAAGUUACCACUUGUCCAAUAUCACACAAACGACUCCUGGCUUUUCUGUUUCAUUGUGUGCUGUCAUUCAGCAGAGGCAACUUAGAGGAUUGUUGAGCUAAAAUUGAGCAGAAUGGAUUUUUUUUUUAGCUUCACUGGCACUUUUUGUAAGAUUUCUGUUCGUUUAUUUUUAUUUUAUGCUGCCAGGAUUAUAGAAAUAUCAUUAUAAUACAUCAUUUUUUGUGUGUGUGUGAGUGUUGUAAGACAGAAAUGUAGAAAUGAUCCUGUAGAUGUUUUGUUUUUCUAAAACUUUGUACUCAAAUAUUUGUAGUUAUUUUUUAUUUGUAAAGAUUAUUAAGGAUGCCUGCUUCCCCUCUCUCACUGAUAAUCACUUUAAAGUUGUCCCAGAUUUCUGUCUUGAUGGACUUAAUGAUCCAUAAUUCCAUCGUAAUGCACAAUUAAUUUAUUAUGGAGUUGCUUCACACAAGUUAAAUUGAAUGCAGUUUCCCUGAGAAUGUCAGACUGAACAAAGCAAAAGUCCUUUAGAAUAAUAUGAAAUUAUAGGCUAAAGAGAGAGAGAGAGAGAGAUUGGGGGAAGGAAAGUUGUUGUAAGUGUAUGUCGUUUAUGGGAAACAACCUCACUCCAAGUUGGACUGAUAGUUUUUUUGUUGUUGUUGUUGAAUGGUUCUUGUAAUGUACAUAUGUGUACCAUAUAUAUUUACUAUUUUUCAUGCAUGUUGAAGUGAAAUACUCUGAACACAGUGCUGCAGUUUUGAUUAAACAAAAAGACUAAA